AUGCGUACUACACCUGAACACGCGGACCAAUUCUACGAAGAUUCCGGUGAGUACCAGACGGUAUACGAGGAUUGCACUGCCGUCGUAGCCAGGACCCGGCAGCAGGUGCAGGAGGUGUUGUCGCGACCCAUCGCAGCGUCCAAGUUAACCGUUCAAUCGAUUUUUUCCGUACCAUAUGGUGGAUCGGUUGAACGCCUCCUGGUUAUCGUGACUGGUCAAUCGUUCGUGCACGUAUUCGUCGCAGAGUACAGACCGAAACGGUUACUUAAUUACGUCAUUGUAACGUCUCUGGUUCAAUAUGUUCACGCCGGACAAGCCGGCGAAGGCCCGAAUCAGAAAACGACUCUCGAUACAGGCGACUGUCGAAUUGGCAUCAGCAACGAUCGCACACCGACGGCUUGUUUAUUAGCGAAGAAACAAGUAGUAUCUUCGCAAUAUUUAACUAACUACCAUAACCCGUUUCCCAAUACCGUAACCGAUAACGUGCAACCCGAUAUCAUCAUCGAUAAUGCACUUUUAAGAUUUAUUAAUAAUAUAACAAAUCCCGCCAAAAUCACUAUCUCCCACGAACCCCUUCCCGGUGCAGCAACCGAUAACACAUCGACAGCAGAUUCAAAAGCAAACCAACACGUACGAAUUACCUCCGAUAAAGCUACAAACCACGAAACCCUUAUCGAUAACUUUAAAGAUAGCACGCAACACGGCAUCGUCACUGAAAACCCACCCAUCAUAAUUUUAAAAUGUGAAUCCAAUCCCAUAGAAACCAAAACCCCCAAAGAACCCUCACCUCAGAAUACGGCAAGCAUAAAUGUAAAUCAAAAUUUAGUCACGGAGAACCCACUUUCUUCAACCUUUAACCGCUUACCCGGUCCAUCCCAAAUGUCUACUCCCCGUGAAUACUCCUUGAAUUCCGCCCCCAAAAACAAUCCUCAAAAUUUCGGCACUGAAAAUUCGCAGAUCCAAAUAUUAAAACGCGUCCCACCUCCACCUGAAAUAAAAUACUCCCGCAAACCUAUCGCUUCAAUCAUCGCCUUUUAUAAUUCAAAACUCGGUUUGGCUGAAAAAAAACCACAUGGUCAAAUUUUAAACCGCACACUCAAUUCCACCGACGUAUCAACUCCUCACGAAACAUCUACACCGAAUACGGCAAGAAGAAAUGUACGUCAAAAUAUAACCACGCAAAACACACCUACUACAAACUUUAAACGCGUACCAAUUCCUUCCGACAUUACCGAAUCCCGUGAACCUCACGCCAAUGCCCCCACCCAAAACAAUCAUCCAAAUUCCGUUACCGGAAAUUCGCAGAUUGAAAUAAUAAAACGCGUCCCAAGUCCACCUGAAAUUAAAUCCUCCCGCAAACCACUUUCGUCAAUCAUCGCUUAUUAUAAUUCGAAAGGUUUAGCCGAAAAAAAACCACCUGUCAAAAUUUUAAACCGCGUACCCAAUUCCGCCGUUGUAUCAGCCCAUCACGUUCUCUCAACUCCCAAUACGACUACCAGUAAUAUAAAUCUAAAUUUGGCCAGCCAAAUCCCACCUACUAGAAUUGUAAAUCACUUCCAAAAUCCCAACAAUAUCUCCAUACCCGGCCAACCUCACCUCGCGGCAUUUGGAUACCCGAAUAUUGUAAGUUACCGUGUUCCCUUUGGCCCAACACUGCCUACAGGACCUGCACAUAUAGGACCACAAUUUAGUGCCCCACAUUUUCCAUUCACCAUUAAUGGUGCCGCGCACCAACAAUGGGCGAAUACUUAUGUUCGGCCCCUAAAUUUCCAUUUACCACCAGCGGUAAACCGUACUAACAAUGUAUGGCCAAUUCGUCCAACCGACAAUUCACCGUGGCUAAAUGAUAGCAAAAAAACGAAACGUUCAUAA